CAUUUCUGCCCCAGUGGGGUCCUCUUGUUUGUUUUAUCAGUCUCACAUUUUGUUAAUUUUAUUUUCAGAAAGAGGAGCUCCUCCUUCACUGAAACAGUGUGAAAAGCAGCAUCAACAUGGAGAACAACAAGCCAGUGAAGGAAGUGCUUCCCUUGCCUCGCCACCCCACCUCCAUUCCUGUAACCUCCUCCUCUAUGAUCCUUGCCACCACCUCAAAGAAACAAUCCACAAGCUCCAUCCAGCAUGUACAGGUGGCUUCCUCAGUGGUGACAUCGCUCAAUCACCUGAGGCCUCCAGAGAGGGACCUCACACCGAUGUCUCACAUAAAGGCUAUUAGGUCACUGAGGCAUGCUGGCCUCACUGCAGUCUUCACUGGGCAAACUCGACUUGACAGCGAGGAAGUGCUGGAGGAGUUACCAAUCGUCGAUGUGAUCCUGGCUGACAUUGACUCCCUGGUACCCACUCACGAUGAAAGAGGUCGCCCUAUAGCAGAAUGGAAACGACAGGUGAUGGUCCGGCAGCUGCAGGUCAGGCUUCAGGAUGAGGAGGAGCAGAGGAGACAGGAUAUGAUGAAUGGCUAUGUGCCAGUGGAUGGUUGGAAGUAUUCCCAGACUCACAAUGCUGUUUUGGGGCCCUUUGGUGAGCUCUUAACAGAGGAGGACCUGGUUUAUCUCCAGCAGCAGAUUGAGUCUGUUUCACUGCAGAAACGCUGCCAGGCCUAUGAGCUAGAGCUCACCAGACUGACUGAAGAGCUAAGAGCAAUUUUACCUGAUCCUAUAGUCAACAUUUCCCUCAACAAGGAGGUCCUACAACAGAUGGACUCUGAGGACCAAAUGCGCCUGGCUUUGCCUGUUUGGUGCAGCCGUGUCUCAGAGAUUGUUCGGAGUAUGUCUCUGCUGGUGGCUAAUCUGACUCAAGCAUCGGAAAAAGAGGGUGAGUGGAGGAUGGUGGAAGGUAUGGUGGAGGGAAUGAAGGGCUUGCAGGAAAUUAGAGAUGCUACUGGAAUUGAUUUAGACCAGGGAUUGAUGCAACAGGGCCAAGAGAUAACACAGAAGCCUACAGAGACAUCCAGUGGAUGUAGGAUACCACACAUUGGGAUGGCAUCUGCCUUCAGCCAUCGUUUGGAGAGCAACAGCUACAGCAGAGCAAGAAGGGAGAGGGUGGAGAGGGAGAUCCAAGAGUCUGGGGUCUCAGUAAGAAAUCUUAGGUCCAACUUUGAGAGUCAGAUUGGUGGAAUUUAUCCCUUUGCUGGUGUUAUACAAGGAAGACAAGGAUUGAUGAGCCAGUAUGAAGAUGGACCUUCUGAAGUAAACAGCCAUAAUGUAAAUACAGGCAUCAGCCAUGAUGCUUCUAAAAAAUGUGCACCUGUUUUGGAGACUACCAGUUUAAGAAAAGAGCGUAUAGUUGUGCUGUUUCUGAGCCACUGGAAGAAGUCUGCUUAUGCUAUUUCAGUGAGGGCAGCAAGGCAAAGACAGGGACAGCUGGCAGCAACAGGGAGAGUGGCAACAGCACAGUCACAACAGAAAAUCACCUCCCUGUUUCAGUUCUGCCAACAACGAGGUGCUGUGGACAAAAUGCUGAACUCCUGGAUGAAUAAACUGGAACUCCGAGAUGCUCAGAAGUCCUGUUUGUCUACCUCAUCUGUCCUCUCACAAAAUUCACAUCCCCAGGUGACCUACUCCCCAGAGCAAUUCCUGCCAGAUGUGGAUGGUGUUGCAAUGACCCAUGAUAGCUUGACGCUUGACCUCUUUAUGCUGGGUUACUUCCACAUUUUAGAGCAAGAGCUGUCACCUGAGGAGAGGAAGAUGAGACAUCUCCUCUGUUUUGAAGUUUUUGACCAUGUUGGCUGCUUCCCCUGGGAGAAGGUUCGAGAUUUCCACAAGGCUGUUCUCCAGGAAAUCAAGUCGGGGAGGCGACAGUGGAGUGACGGCUUUGAAGACCUCAAAGCUAGCUUCUUUGGUGAAUCAAGACCAUGUUGCUGUCCAUUAUCACCAUCGUCGUUAUCACCGCUGCCAGGUUCCAAAUCUGUGCCUAAGGUUGUUGUUCAAAGUGCCACUCCAGACGAGAGUGGCAGCGACACAGACUUCUCCUGUUUCAGCAACGAAGAAAUUUGUAAAUACAUAGAUCGCAGUUUUGCUUUUUGGAAAGAGAAGGAGGCAGAGCUUUUUGACUUUGAACAUUAAGGGUAAAUAUAAUCAUUUUGGACAAAAUGAUACUGAUGUUUUUAUUUUGAGAAAGAGUUGAAUGCAGAAUGAUACACUGUAAAGGAUGCAUUAUCGUUGUAUGUUAUUGUAAAAAAAUAAAUUAUAAAAUUGGUUAAAUUGCCUAAGAUGCAAGCACAAAAUCUCUGAGAUAUUUAUUGAAAAAUGCAGUAUGACAUUUUUG